CCAAGAAGUUUGCCAAAGGCGUUACAUGGAUGCAUUCCGUCGUUACAAUGCUGAGUUCCGCAAGGAAGUACAACAACAUGAAGUCAUGCAACCGACUGCCAUCGAUGCGAUGCGUGUUCACAGAACCUUCGCCAUCACAACACUUUGGCCGCCAUUGCACUCGAAGCGCGAAAUCAACCUGACACUGGAACAAUUGGAGAAUGUUUUGAGUGUCAAAGAACGACGUCGCUUAGAGGAGAUACUCAAACGCGAAACAAAGCGUAGAUAA